CCCCCACCCCCUCCUCCUUCAAUUUCAAAAACUUGAAAUCCCACUUUUUAACCCUAUUCUUGGCCGUUCGGACACUCCUCUCUCUCUCUCUCUGCGAUUCAGGUCUCCUAAGGGCUAAGGCUCAAGCUUUCAAAUUCGUCUUCUCCUCCUUUCUCCACUACAUUUGGUCUGCGAGCUCUGAAAUUCAUUGUACUCUUUGCCGAUUUCUGAUAAUUGUGGUCUGCUCAUGGACGAUCAAACUAUUGCGACUCUCUGCCACGAUUUUGGUAAAGUUUUGACCGUCUCCGGUGAGAAUUACGAGCCGCCGUUGAUUCACAAAGCCGAAACAGUAGAAGUGAACACUGAUUUGGGGGAUGAGAGUAUUGUUUCAAUUGACACCUCAGAAAUUUCAUAUCAAGAACAAACACUUCCUAUUUUUCAGAAAAUUGAAGACCUGUCCACUAAAGUGCAUGAUUUGAAAAAAGAACAUGCAGCUUUAAGUGAUGAAGUGAAGGGUAUCACUGGAGAUUCUUUUCCUUGUCCUGAAGUUUUCUGUGCUCUUAAGGAUCUUAGUGUGCAACAUGAACUUCUUAGGAGGAAAUAUGACGAAGAGUGUGCCCUUUUGAAGAAAAGAUAUCUUGAUGAGUGCUCAGAGAGGAAGCGGCUCUACAAUGAAGUGAUUGAGUUGAAAGGCAACAUUCGGGUUUUCUGUAGAUGUAGACCAUUAAAUUCUGAGGAAGUUGCGAAUGGUUCAACAUCUGUGGUUGACUUUGAUAUGGCUCAAGAAAACGAGAUACAAAUUGUUUCCUCUGAUUCUUCGAGAAAGCAAUUUAGGUUUGAUCAUGUUUUUAAACCAGAGGAUGGUCAAGAGGCUGUUUUUGUUGAAACCAUGCCUAUUGUAACAUCUGUUUUGGAUGGCUUUAAUGUCUGCAUUUUUGCCUAUGGGCAAACUGGAACUGGCAAGACAUUCACAAUGGAAGGAACACCUGAAAAUAGGGGAGUCAACUAUCGAACUUUGGAGAAAUUGUUCAGCUUAUCUAGUGAGAGGAGCAGCAUUAUGAAGUAUGAGUUGUUUGUCAGCAUGUUAGAAGUUUACAAUGAAAAGAUAAGGGACCUUCUUAUUGACAGCUUCAGCCAACCAGCUAAGAAGUUGGAGGUAAAGCAAUCUGCAGAAGGGACCCAAGAAGUUCCAGGACUCAUUGAAGCUCGUGUCUAUGGUACUGAUGAGGUGUGGGAACUCCUCCAGUCUGGAAGUCGAGCUAGAUCUGUUGGAUCAACUAAUGCUAAUGAACUCAGUAGUCGCUCACACUGCUUGUUGCGGGUGACUGUAGUGGGAGAAAAUUUAAUAAAUGGACAGAGGACAAGGAGCCACCUCUGGUUGGUAGACUUGGCAGGAAGUGAGAGGGUGGGGAGAAUUGAAGUUGAAGGUGAAAGGUUGAAGGAAUCUCAAUUCAUAAACAAGUCCUUAUCAGCACUUGGAGAUGUGAUCUCUUCUCUUGCAUCAAAGACUGCUCAUGUUCCAUACAGGAACUCAAAGCUCACCCAUAUACUGCAGAGCUCUCUAGGAGGAGAUUGCAAGACCCUCAUGUUUGUCCAAGUCAGUCCUAAUGCAGCUGACUUGGGUGAAACCCUUUGCUCACUGAACUUUGCCAGCCGUGUCCGUGGAGUUGAGCAUGGUCCUGCUCGGAAACAAGCUGAUCUUACCGAACUUCAUAAGUACAAACAAAUGGUGGAGAAGACGAAGAAUGAUGAGAAGGAAACAAAGAAAUUGCAAGACAGCGUGCAGUCUCUGCAAUUGCGACUUGCUGCUAGAGAACAUAUAUGCAGGAAUCUUCAAGAGAAGGUUCGCGAUCUUGAGAACCAACUAGCAGAGGAGAGGAAGAUGCGUCUAAAGCAGGAAAACAGGGCUUUGGCAGCUGUUUCUAGUCAGUCCUCAGCCUUACCUCCUGUCAACAAUAGCAGAAAGAUGACAACAGAGAAACCACCACUGGUUCCAAUGAAACUGAGAGUACCACUUCGAAAAAUCACCAACUUAGUGCCUCCAGCUUCCUCUAUCCAUCCACCAAAAGCUAGGAGCUCGUUCCUACCAACUGUUCACGAGGACAAAGAAAAUGUUACUAGAAUGGCAGGCGGCAAAUCAAAGGCCAUACUGAAAGCAAGGCGAGGUUCCCUUAUCGUUAGACCCCUCCCUCAGGCAGCUACAAAUCAGCACCAGGUUCAACAACCAAAACGAAGAGCUUCUAUUGCAACCCUGCCCCAUGAGAUGAUAACUCCAGUUAAGAGCUCCAUUGCUCGCCCAAGGAACGAUCGUGUCAUGGGCAGGCAAUCUUUUGUCUGGGACCCGCAAAGACUGUGGCGGACAUCAAGGGUGCUCUCACCACAACAGAAAGAGAAGUUGGUGGAAGCCACACCAGUUGCUUCUGUUCCAAGAAGGGGCAGCACAUUCAUGGGAACUCCACGAAGCAGCAGCAGCAGCAAAUUCAUGGGAAGUCCUCCUUCUCAACAAGUAGGUUCAUGGAGGCCUAAGCAUCCAACAGUCAUUGCGUUGCAGAAGAAGCAAUUGGUGUGGAGUCCUCUGAAGAUGAAAGCCAUGAGAAAUAGUAGUCACAGGAAAUCAUUUCUGGCCCCAUCUUUACAAAUGUAGAUCCUUGUUACAGUCUGUGAAUCUUGAUUCUUGCUUACUGUUUUUUUAACAGCUAUCUUUACUGGCAUGCAAUAUUGAUACAGGAUGGUGCUAAAUAUUUUGUUUGCAUAUGUAACAUUCCUUGAAAUUUCUUCUUACUUCAAAAGUUUUUGUUAGUGAGACACAUUUUGCA